UUCCAAUCGGAUAUCAGAUGCGACAUUUUUUCCUUUUUAUCUCAAACCCUAAUUUUGAGUAGAAGUGCUUUUUAAUUCACACAUUUGAAGCCAAAAUCAACAAUCAAUCUUUGUACUUAGAUGGCUAGUAGGAAACGGAGCAUGUCAUUUGAUGCUGAUAUGCAUGUUGACUACAAAGAAUGGAAUGAAGCUUCAUGCCCCAUCUGCAUGGAGCAUCCACACAAUGCCGUUCUCCUCCUUUGUACCUCUCAUAAUAAGGGUUGCCGAUCAUACAUUUGCGACACAAGUUAUAGGCAUUCGAAUUGCCUGGAUCGUUUCAAGAAUCUGAAGGCUGACGGUAAGGACUGCCCUUCUAGUAGUCCGACACAAGGCAACCAGCAUGUUUCCAUUGAGAUUUCUGAUGGCUUGGAGCUGAGAAAUUCAAGUGAUCUAAGAACGCUUCAUGGAAAUCGUGAUUUACCAACAAGACUGGCUGCAGAAAAUGAUGCAUUCCCUGGAGGAGAAGAGGAGAGUGGCAACGUGGCAGAUAAUCAUACGGGCAUGUCGGAAGGGAUUUUCCAAACUUCAGGUUCUGUAUCUUUAUUGGAAACGGAUCAUGAAGAGAUCAAUGGUAAAUUGAAGUGUCCUAUGUGUCGUGGAGACGUGUUAGGAUGGAAGGUAGUGGAGGAGGCUAGGAAGUAUCUCAAUAGGAAGUCUAGAAGUUGCUCUUCUGAAUCCUGCUCAUUCAUGGGUAACUACAGUGAAUUGAGGCAGCACGCUAGGAGAGUUCACCCGACAGCACGCCCUUCUGAUAUUGAUCCGUCAAGACAACGAGCGUGGCAUCGGCUUGAAAACCAGAGAGAGUACAACGAUAUUGUUAGUGCUAUCCACUCUGCAAUGCCCGGAGCGAUGGUGCUUGGGGAUUACGUGAUUGAGAAUGGAGAUGGUCUAUCAGGUGAAGGGGAACGAGAUCCGAGUGAAAGUGGACGGUGGUUGAGUACUUUCUUUUUAUUUCAGAUGAUUGGGUCAAUGGACCCUACGUCUGAGGUAAGAGGAAGCAGGUUGAGGGCUUUGUCAAGGCACCGGCGUUCUUCUGGAUCUUCCUCAAGGAGGCGCUAUCUAUGGGGUGAAAAUCUGCUAGGUUUACAUGACAAUGAUGAUGAUGAAGAUGAAGACGAGGAUGAAACUGACCUUGACAUGUUCAGUGAUAUAUCGUUAAACUCAAGAAGGCGCAGGCGGUUAAUACGGUCUAGGUCAGAUGAAGAUCAGCAUUAGACUGUUGAAUUCUUGUGUUGGGCAUGAAUGCCUUGAUGGAGUAAAAUUGUAUAAAGGUUAGAUUAGUUGAAGUGGUUUCCUAUGUCCAUGGCUUCUGAUGUAAAUUUCCAAAUGACCUUUGGAUUUGUAAUUCUUAAACAUUGUUGAUUCUGUUUGAUUUCAUUGUAAUAUAUUCCCUAUCUAUAUUUUCAA